AGUAGUUUGUCAGUCGCCCAGUCUCCCAGCUAGACCUCUCAGCAAGGUGUCUGCCAGCCGCACGCGACAAGUCUACCCCGAAGACACCCGCCCUGUCCCGGGUCCCCUCACCAAACUUCUCCCCCGGUGAUACCAGCCCGCUGUUCUCCACCAUGGCGACGAGUGCCAAGCGAAAGCAGGAGGAGACUCAUCUGAAGAUGCUCCGGGAAAUGACUAGCCUGCCCGCGAAUAGGAAAUGCUUCGACUGCGACCAGCGCGGCCCGACCUAUGUCAACAUGACGGUGGGCUCCUUCGUCUGUACCACCUGCUCCGGCAUCUUGCGAGGACUGAAUCCCCCACACAGAGUGAAGUCCAUCUCUAUGACCACAUUUACACAUCAGGAAAUCGAGUUUUUACAGAAACACAGCAACGAGGUCUGUAAACACAUCUGGUUGGGCCUCUAUGACGACAGGACAUCAGUUGUUCCAGAUUUUCGGGAACCACAGAAAGUAAAAGAGUUCCUUCAAGAAAAAUAUGAAAAGAAAAGAUGGUAUGUUCCUCCAGACCAGGCACGAGUAAAUGUUCAGGCCUCAGUGUCUGGCUCCUCAGCCAGCAGCACUGGAAGUACCCCUGAAGUCCAACCCCUAAAAACCCUGCAGCUCAACAAGACCCCACUGCGCCAGUCUCCGGGGCUCAGUCGUUCCCAGGCUCACUCAGCUGCUCAGGAGAAGAAGUUUGAUCUGCUCUCUGACCUUGGAGGAGAUAUAUUUGCUGCUCCACCCACACAAACCUCCACCUCUACCAACUUUGCCAACUUUGCACAUUUUCCAAGCCAGUCGGCAGCACCUCAGGGUAAUUCAAAUACCAACUUUGCCAACUUUGAGGCAUUUGGAAACACUACGAUUCCAUCCCAUCUGAGCACGUCACCCCCCUCAAAGUCUUUGUCAUCAGGUGGAGGUGUGCCAAUACCGUCAAUGUCUAGCGCCAUCCCAACCCAAUCCCACACAGGGAGCUGCUCAGAAGAUCGCUAUGCUGCUCUGGCUGAAUUGGACAAUGAACUCAGCUCAGCUGUCUCCUCGACCAGCAAUGUACAAGGGAACAUAUUUGGACCAGUACUUGGAUCAUCGCCAGCCCAGAAUCCACCUGUGUUACCCAGCAUACAGCCUGGUUUUGGAGCUGUCCCAUCCACAAACCCUUUUGUUGCUGCAGCUGUCGCCCCGGAGAUGGCAACCAACCCUUUCCAGACCAAUGGCAGAGCUCCAGCUGCAGCCUCUUUUGGUACUGGCUCUAUGAGCAUGCCCGCUGGCUUUGGGAAUGCAUCUUCCUACUGCCUCCCGACCAGUUUCAGCGGAAACUUCCAGCAGCAAUUCCCCGGUCAGGCCCCCAUCCCUUACUCUCAACCUGCGGCCUACCACCCUCAGUCCAAUGGCCCUGCAUUUCCAGUCUACGGCCAAAACAAGCCCUCCAUGACGCCCUUUGGGCCACCUAUGGCUGGCCCCGGCAUGUCUAAUAACCCAUUCAUGGCUGGAGCUCCAGCUGGGUCAUUCCCUUCAGGGGGUUCAUCCACCAACCCCUUCCUGUAGCACUACUUUCAGUCAUCGCCACCAGAGGGCAGCAUGCAGCACAUAUUCAACACACCUGUCAUACAGUUAGAAGCAGUACAUUUUCUGAGGACUUGCGUUUUUCUUUUUUUCAUGAAAAGAGUUUACAACACUUUGAAGGAGUACAAAGGACUAUAUGGACGACUAAGGGACUGUUAUUGGGGAUAAUGUACUAUUUGGACUAUAAAAAAUGUAUGCUUUUUA